UUAUUUUUAUUUGAAAGACCACCCUGAAUUUACAUCAGGUGUGGGGUCUGAACAUGACCCGUUUAACAAAAUUGGAAUUGCAAACCGCCCUGGAAAAAGCGGGCAUUGAGUAUCCAGCUACUGCUACCGUGUCACAACUACGUGCCUUGUUGGAUGAGGACGAUGGAGAUUCUGGUGUUACUGCUGCUACUGAUGCCGGCGGCGAAGCUCAUGAUGGUGAAGGUAACGUGGAAGAAACUGAUGAUACACAAAAUUUGGAUGAACAGAUAGCAGUGUUAGAGAAACGCAAGAAAAUGCUGUUGUUACAAAAGGAAUUGCAAGCGCUGGAAUUAGAAGCUACUAGUGCACGUCAGCGUAUCACCGUUAUGGAUAUUGAUGGGAUGGUGCCAAAAUUUUCUGGAGAUAAUGCAUAUCCAGUGGAAAAAUGGAUCAACGAUUUUGAAAACGCCGUCAGAGUUGGAAAUAAAGAUGACCACUUUAAGUACAUGUGUAUGCGUCGCUUGUUGUCGGGUACAGCGGCCAUUUUCUUACGUACAUCAGUUGCAUCGAAUUAUUGCGAGUUGAAAGCUGCACUUGUAAAGCAGUUUCAUCGAGACGUCUCGACCAACGAUGUAUAUAAGGAGUUGUACCGACGCCGGCGCUCACCUAAUGAAAGUAUUAUUGCAUAUAUGCUGUCGAUAAAGGAGAUCGCAGCACAGGCAAAUUUAAACGAAGAUGAAAUAAUCAAUGCAGUGAUUGAGGGUCUGCGUGACAACACCGCUUAUACUUCAAUAUUGUACACAGCUAAAAACUUGGAUGAGCUCCAGCAGCUUCUUCUUAAAUAUGACAAAAAGAAAACAAAUGACAACACAACACGAAAAGUGCAGGCUUCAGAAGGUGGCAGUAAGACAGUCUCGUCCACAAGGUGCUUCAACUGCUCGCAAUAUGGACACUUCUCACAUCAGUGCACAGAACCAAAGCGUAUCAAAGGCUCCUGCUUCCGAUGCGGCAGCAAAGAUCACAUGCUUAAUCAAUGCAAGCAGCCACCAAAGAAAACCGUAAACGCUGUAGAUGAGGAAGCAACCCAUGAGGAUAUGAUGUCGAAUGUUGAACCCUACCAAACUUGGUAGUCCUGCCAGUUUUAUAAGCAAGACGCUUUUGCCUUUUGAUACAAGUAUCGAUGAAUUGAUUGUAUCCAAUUUUUACAGCCUAGGUGGCAAUAAACUGAAAACUUUUGGAAAAAUUGAUUGUGAGAUUUUGCUCAAUGGCAAAUCUAAAAU